AUGUUGCUGAGCGAUAGUCUCUGCAGCUCCACCUGCGCUCAAUCUACGCAAGCGAUGGAAGAGCAGGCUAUGCAAAGUGUACGUUACGACGGACGUGCUGGAAUCAAGAUGUUGCAGGUGACCGACCGGAGGAAAAGCUUUCAUAUGACUUCUGGAUCUGUGAGGCAUUCGACGUCGAGCGCAUGA